GGCGCUCGCAAGGAUCGGUGGCCGGCACCUGAAAUCCGUCGGCGUAAUAAACUCCUCCGCCUCAUGUUUCUUCAGUCAACGCCGUGGCGUUGCUUCCAAGCUCUUUGUUGGUGGAUUAUCGUUUUGCACUACAGAGCAAGGAUUAUCUGAGGCAUUUUCCAAAUGUGGCCAAGUUGUUGAAGCUCAAAUAGUUAUGGACAGAGUCUCUGACAGAUCAAAAGGUUUCGGCUUCGUGACAUUUGCUUCUGUUGAUGAAGCUCAGAAAGCUUUGAUGGAGUUCAACGGACAGCAAUUUAACGGCCGUGUGAUAUUUGUGGACUACGCAAAGGCGAAGCAGAGUUUUGGUGGUGGUCGCUAUCCAAUAGCUAGAGGACCGCCUGAUCCAGUGAUGGCAGUUAAGUUUCAUCGGCCGGGUCUUGUAUCGUCAAGCUCUUCAAACCCUUGUCUUUCCCGGAUGUCCGUUGGAACCUUUAUUUCCUGCAGAAGAGUGCUACAAUUGGAUUAUAUUUCAAGCUGCUGCGGAAAUUCGAGGAGUCAAUUGUUUGUGACCUAUCAUGUUCUGGACAAUAAGAACUACUUUCUUCAGAGAAAACUUUUUGGAAACAAGAAGAUGAGUUGGUAUAAAUCGCGGAGGACUAUGCAGCCUUUUCUCCUUGCAUCUGCUGAAGACGGAGUCGCUGUUAAUGGGGGUUCCCAGUCAAGACCCAGCGAUGAUGUUGAGGAGAUGAGGGCAAAACUCAGUGGAUCACUACAAGAUGAAUACAGCUGUGGUGAACUCAUUCAGUCUUUGCAUGAUGCUGCCAGAACUUUUGAACUGGCACUUAAGGAGAAGAUUUCCUCUUCCAGAUUACCAUGGUUUUCAGCAGCCUGGCUGGGAGUUGAUAGAAAUGCAUGGGUUAAGACAUUUUCUUAUCAGGCUUCCGUGUAUUGCUUACUACAAGCUGCAAAUGAGGUUUCAUCUAGAGGAAACAAUAGAGACGAUGAUGUUAAUGUCUUUGUGCAAAGGAGUUUAUCACGCCAAGCUGCUCCUCUUGAUAGUAUGAUGCGGGAUAAACUAUCUUCCAGUCAUCCUGAAGCCAAUGAGUGGUUUUGGUCUGAACAAGUUCCUUCGGCGGUAACAUCUUUUGUGAAUUGUUUUGAGGGGGACCAACGAUUUGUUUCUGCAACUUCUGUCUAUGUCAAAGGCAAGUCCUCAGCUGCAAGCCAUGAGAUUGAGGUGUCACUUCUCAUGCUUGUGCUGAAUUGCAUCGCAGCAGUGACAAAACUUGGCCCGACAAAAAUUUCGUGCCCGCCCUUCUUUUCUGUGAUUCCAGAUACUACAGGGAGAUUGAUGGACAAAUUUGUUGACUUUGUUCCACUACCUCAGGCCUAUCAUUCAAUGAAAAGCCUCGGUCUUCGCAGAGAAUUUCUUGUUCAUUUUGGACCUCGAGCAGCGGCAUGCAGAGUAAAAAGUGACUGCGGUACAGAUGAGGUUGUCUUCUGGGUCGAUCUUAUACAAAACCAACUGCUGAGGGCUAUUGAUCGGGAGAAAAUAUGGUCAAGAUUAACAACGUCUGAAAGUAUCGAGGUUUUGGAAAGAGAUUUAGCUAUUUUUGGAUUCUUCAUUGCCUUGGGCAGGAGCACCCAGUCUUUUUUAGCUGCAAAUGGUUUCAGUUCGCUGGAGAAUCCUGUGGAAGACCUUGUUAGGCACUUCAUUGGGGGAAGUCUCCUACAAUAUCCUCAGCUUUCAGCCAUCAGUUCUUACCAGUUGUAUGUAGAGGUUGUCUGUGAAGAACUAGAUUGGAUUCCUUUCUAUCCAACCAGAAAGGACUCCCAGCCAGCCGAACAAUCACACGGGCAUAAAAGCAGACCACAAGGGCCACCUAAUUAUGAUGCUCUUCCACAGAUAUUGAAUGUUUGCUCUUAUUGGCUACAGAGCUUUAUUAAGUACAGCAAAUGGCCUGAGAAUCCUUCUAAUGUCAAGGCAGCGAAAUUCUUAUCCAAGGGGCACAACAAGUUAAUCCAGUGCCAGGAAGAACUGGGAAUAUCAAGUUUGGCAGUAACAGAAGCGGGUUUUAUUGACAUGAACUCAUCCUCAACUGAUGGAGAGUCAAGCUCAUUUGACAAGGCUCUAGAGAGUGUAGAUGAAGCUCUCGUGAGACUGGAAAGCUUGCUACAGAAAUUGCAUGCAUCAAGCUCAGCUUCUGGAAAGGAACAAAUAAAAGCUGCUUGCUCUGACCUAGAAAAAAUAAGGAAGCUCAAGAAAGAGGCUGAAUUUUUAGAGGCAUCUUUCAGAGCCAAAGCAGCUUCCCUCCAAGAGGGAGGUGGUGACAGUGACUCUCAGGAGUACUCUGAGGAACAAAGCCAGUAUCUAAAAGGAAAAGACCCAAAGAAUUCAAAAAAUUCUGUAGAUCAAGGCACAAAUAGGGAUCGUGGAUUCUGGGGGUUUUUUGUUCGCACUCCAAGAAGGAAGCCUGGCCCCGAGUCAUUGACAGAUGAAUAUUUUGAGAAAUCCAGAGAAAAUGUAGAUAGUGUGGAUUCCAACCCUAAUGAGAUCUAUCGGUUCGAACUUCUAAGGAACGAACUGAUAGAGCUGGAGAAGCGUGUUCAAGGAAGUACAGAUGAGUCGGUAAAUGAAGAGGGACGAACCUCUGAAGAUCUUCCUAAAUUAAGCAGCAGUAUGAAAGGUGUGCAGUUGGUUCAGAGCUCAAAGAAAGAAAGCGUCAUUGAGAAAACUCUUGACCAACUUAAAGAAACCACUACGGACGUGUGGCAAGGUACUCAGCUUCUUGCGUUUGAUUCAGCUGCUGCUAUGGAGCUCCUACGGAGGUCUGUGGUAGGAGAUGAAUUAACAGAGAAAGAGAAGAAAGCCCUACGCAGAACCAUGACUGACUUAGCAUCAGUUGUUCCCAUUGGUGUUCUUAUGCUUCUUCCUGUCACAGCAGUUGGUCAUGCGGCUAUGCUUGCUGCAAUUCAGAGAUAUGUACCAGGCUUGAUACCUUCAACCUAUGGAGCCGAAAGGUUGAACCUGUUGAGACAGCUCGAGAAGGUCAAGCAAAUGCAAACAAAUGAAACAGAGCCUGAAGAAGGCAUUGAUGAAACAGAAUCAUGACUAGAUCAAGAAACAUAAAUUCAGUCU